UUGUAGACAACCAUAGUAUCUCUCGACAGUCAAACCAUCAACAAGACAGUGGGAGGGUUCAGCUCAAAAGUCAAAAUGCCUCCUAGAACUCCCACAAUGCAAUAAAUGGAGCCCUCGACCUGCCUAACGCCAAUCCAUAUAUCAUCGAGUUUCGUCAAUGAAGACCUGCCUAACGCCAAUCCAUAUAUCAUCGAGUUUCGUCAAUGAAGAAUUAUCAGGGCUAUGGAUUCCUCCUGAAAACUAACUAACUAACUAAAGACGACCCUCCAUUUAUGCUUUCAACAAACACCAUACAGCAAUCACGAAUCUGAGAUUUCAAUAACCUAGAACAUCAGAUCGGGACUGGAAAUCAUCAGAUCCGACUAACCCAGAAACAAUACAAACCCAUAUCAUAUCAAGAGAAACAAUUUCUAGCCCAAACACCUCAAAUGAAAGCGUGAAACUCGAUUCGCUUUCUCCCUCGUAAACCAAACAAAAAACUUAGAGCGGCGAGAAGAAGGAAGACGCACACAGUACAGAGACGGAAUAGAUCAGAGAGAUUCAACGCAGCGGCUCACCUGUUGAGAGCGGCGAUCGAGAGACAGUGGGAAACCAGAGAGCACUCCGAAACCCUAAUAGGCAAGAGAGUCGAAAAAGUCGCUGGUGGAUAUUUUCUCUCAACCCAACAGCCCUGCCCGAACAAAUAUGGAUCUGUGGAGGGUCCAGUAGAUAAAUAGCAAAUAAUGACAAAAAAAAAAUUAUUUACGAAAAGGCCCCUCUAGAUUUGUCAAUUUGUUACAGACCGGAGAAAGUAACCGAAACGCGACGUUUCCAUCUUCGUUUCCCCACUUCCCCUGAGAGACCAUCCAUCAACCACUCGCCGGAAUCUCGCCGUCGGAAAGAAACGAUGCUCAGCAUUCUCGCUCAGGAGCGCCUGCUCGGGUUCGCGUUAGGCGGCGCUUUCACCGGUUUCGUGGUGUUUGAUCAGCGGAGGCGAAUCCACGACUCAAUUUCGGCCUACCAAUCUCCAUCUGAUGCCGAAAAACAGUUGAAAGAGCCUAUACUGGGGAAGCAAUUUCGUUCCGAGUCUGCUCUCCUGUGGAACAAAGCCGUGGACCAGGCGUUCAGGCCGCUCGUUACCGCCCUUAGUUCACACCGUGAAUGAAAUUAUUGAGCAAGUUUGUGAUCUUGUAUCCUAUACAUUAUUUCUCCAACUCUUAUGAUAACAUGCCUGCAAAUCUGCAAUUGUCUUCUGAAAACCCUCCUGUUUCCUUUUGAGUGUGGAUUCUGUACCCACUCAAAAGACUUUUAACUUGCUUGCUUGUUACACUGUGUAAGGGGGCAGAGAUUGGUGAUGUUGAUGUGUGCGUCACUGUAAAUCCCGUGAUUGAAAAGGAAAGUUGCAGAAAAUGAGGGACAAUGCUGUUUUUGGGUAGUAUGUUACAGACUUACAGCCCAUAACCGUUGGUGGAAGAAGAUAAGAAGAAGGAAGGGCUCUGUCGUGAAGCUAAAAAAGAUUUGGAGCCGAGGCCGACGAGGCUAUAUUCCAAAGUUUAGAAACACCCCUGACUACUUCCUCUGCUCCACGUUUCUUUGGCUAUUUCUUCAUGCAACGGGAAAUUUUGAAGCCGUGUUUUACAUUGUGUGGGGUUAGAUAAUCACUCAUGGUUUACAGUGGUGGAAGCAAUCACGCAGUAGUUUUCUCUUACGAAGAAGAAGGGUGUGUAUUCGGUUUUCACUCAGAUUCACCGUAACGAUUUCGGCCAUAGAUAUGAGACAAACUAUCAUCUUUUUGGGAUGGUCCAAUCUAAAUAUACGUUAAGGUGGUCU